GAAACUGUGAUGGAGAGAAGCUGUUUGGUGGGCUUGGGACCCAAGGAAUAUAUGAUAUAUAUCAGGCAGUAUAUGGCACAGAAACUAUUCUUCACAAAAAGGUCACUCUAGGAUGAUUACUCAACACACACCCAUUCCAUAAUUUCCAAGAACUUAAAGAUCAGGCUUGGGUGUAAAGCUUUUUAGUCUCUGCAUCAACCCAUCUCCACCUUCAAGGGACCACACCCGCCCAAACUUGCCAGUUUCUUUCACCUCACUCUCUCUCUCUCUCUCUUUGCAAUGCACAACUACAUAACAGACACUUUCCAAGCCCCACAAUCCCAACCAGUCACAUGAAAACACCACUCUCCUCCACCACCAUCACCUUCAUUAUCAUUAUCAUCAUCAGCACUACCAUCUCUCCACCACAACCUGUCACCAGCCUCGGCUCAAGCUCCACCAUUGCUAUUAGCUACAGCUCAAACUCUGCCACCACUGUCUGCGGCAUCAUUGCCGGUGCAUCCACGAAGAGAAUUCAAUGCUACAAACAGGGCCAAAUCGUUUCAAUCCAACCCAACCUCUCUUACGAGUCCAUCUCAGGUGGCCACGGCUUCUUCUGCGGCCUACGCUCCGGCGGCUUCAGUCUUCUCUGCUGGAACACAACAAAUUUUCAUGUCAAAAGAAUCUAUUACAGUUCUACACAUCGGUUAACUAAUUUAACGGUUGGGAACUCUCAGAUAUGUGCAACUCAAGCCAACAGUGGUGUGGCCUUUUGCUGGAGGUUCGUGUCGCCGGAAGUGGCAUGGAAUUUCCUUACAAUCACCUCAGGUGGAGGGUUCUCUUGUGGGAUACUGGAGAAAAACAAUGCAAUGAGGUGUUGGGGUGGUAGUGAAAUUGAAAAUGUAAUUCAAACCCAGUUUGGCAAUGCCACUAUGUUGAGCUUGGUAGCUGGUGAGUCCCAUGCUUGUGGAGUGACAAAGAAUGGCACUUUGAUUUGUAAAGGCCGCAAUGUUGCUGGUCAGCUUGAUGUCCCUCCUCAUUCAGCAUUCGACUUUUCGACUCUUGCCUUGGGCGCAAAUCAUAGUUGUGCAGUGAAAAGAAAGAAUGGAUUGGUGGUGUGCUGGGGAGGGAAACCGGAAAGAUCAGGAUUUGAUAGUGGGGUGAUGAACAAUGAAUCAUUUGAGUCGAUAGUAGCAGGUUUGGACUUCACAUGUGGCUUGACUACAAAGAAUUUAUCAGUGAUUUGUUGGGGGCAGGAUGGUCCGGUGGGCUAACUUCAGGGACCUUAGUUCCACUAGCAAUGGUGAUUCCAGGUCCUUGUGUUCAAGCUUCAUGUUGCACUUGUGGAGUGUACCCAAAUUCUCAUACUC